GGACAAGGGACUUGGCUCAGUGUGAAAUAUCCACUGAGCUGCCUGAGGGACUCUGAGAUGACAAUAGGGAGAAUGGAGAACGUGGAGGUCUUCACUUCUGAGGGCAAGGGCAGAGGUCUGAAGGCCACUAAGGAGUUCUGGGCUGCGGAUGUCAUCUUUGCUGAGCGGGCUUAUUCCGCAGUAGUUUUUGACAGCCUUGUUAACUUUGUGUGCCAUACCUGCUUCAAGAGGCAGGAGAAGCUCCAUCACUGUGGACAGUGCAAGUUUGCCCACUAUUGUGACCGCACCUGCCAGAAGGAUGCUUGGCUGAACCACAAGAAUGAGUGUUCGGCCAUCAAGAGAUAUGGGAAGGUGCCCAAUGAGAAUAUCAGGCUGGCGGCCCGCAUCAUGUGGCGGGUGGAGAGAGAGGGCACCGGGCUCACAGAGGGCUGCCUGGUCGCUGUGGAUGACCUGCAGAACCACGUGGAGCACUUUGGGGAGGAGGAACAAAAGGAGCUACGGUUGGACGUGGACACUUUCUUGCAGUACUGGCCACCCCAGGGCCAGCAGUUCAGCAUGCAGUACAUCUCGCACAUCUUUGGCGUGAUUAGCUGCAAUGGCUUCACACUCAGUGACCAGAGAGGCCUACAGGCAGUGGGUGUGGGCAUCUUCCCCAACCUGGGCUUGGUGAACCACGACUGUUGGCCCAACUGCACUGUCAUAUUCAACAAUGGCAAUCAUGAGGCAGUGAAAUCCAUGUUUCACACCCAGAUGAGAAUUGAGCUUCGGGCCCUGGGCAAGAUCUCAGAAGGAGAGGAGCUGACAGUGUCCUAUAUCGACUUCCUUAACCUCAGCGAAGACCGCAAGAAGCAGCUAAAGAAGCAGUACUACUUUGACUGCACGUGUGAACACUGCCAGAAAAAGCUGAAGGAUGACCUAUUCCUGGGGGUGAAAGAUGACCCAAAGCCCUCUCAGGAGGUGGUAAAGGAGAUGAUACAAUUCUCCAAGGAUACAUUGGAAAAAAUAGACAAGGCUCGUUCUGAGGGUCUGUACCAUGAGGUGGUGAAAUUAUGCCGGGAGUGCCUGCAGAAGCAGGAGCCAGUGUUUGCUGACACAAACCUCUACACGCUGCGGAUGCUGAGCACUGUUUCCGAGGUCCUCUCCUACCUCCAGGCCUUUGAGGAGGCCUCGUACUAUGCCAGGAGGAUGGUGGACGGCUAUAUGAAGCUCUACCACCCCAAUAAUGCCCAACUGGGCAUGGCCGUGAUGCGGGCAGGGCUGACCAACUGGCAUGCUGGUAACAUUGAGGUGGGGCAUGGGAUGAUCUGUAAAGCCUAUGCCAUUCUCCUGGUGACCCAUGGACCCUCCCACCCCAUCACCAAGGACUUAGAGGCUAUGCGGGUGCAGACGGAGAUGGAGCUGCGCAUGUUCCGCCAGAAUGAGUUCAUGUACCACAAGAUGCGUGAGGCUGCCCUGAACAACCAGCCCAUGCAGGUCAUGGCCGAGCCCAGCAAUGAGCCAGCGCCAGCUCUGUUCCAUAAGAAGCAAUGAGGACCUGUCUGAUGGUGGGGUGGGCACCAUGGCUGGAGAAUUGGGGAGACACUUUGGAGUUGGUGGGUUUGGGGGAAGACCCUUGAUGAGAAAGGAUAAUGUUCACUCUUGUGGCUGUGGGAAUGUACUGUUCUGUGUUCCUCAGUUCAUUUUGAUUCAUUUAAACUCAGUUCAACUUAAUUGAACUCUAUCCCAGCCCAGCCUAGCCCAACUUAUCCUACAAAUAUUUAUUGGGUGGAACACCCUAGGGAUAAAGAAGCUUCAAAUGUAGCGGGGGAAGCAAAAUGUAAACAAUUAAAACAAGCUUAAUAAAUGCAAUGGUAAACUAUA